AUGCAGACGACAUCUGCCGACUUGCAGGCGCUGAGCUCGCACGGGAGAAGACUCGCAACGAAAUCAAUAUGUGCCUUUCUUAGGACAAGUGGAACAACUGGGUAUCGGAAACGUGGACCAAGCGACCUGCCAGCCCCUGUGGACACAAUUGCUCCCUCUUCCUCCACAUUGCGCAGUGCUCGGUUCCUUUGCUGGGCUAACAAGAUUGGCGUGUCCACAGACGUGAACGGCUGGAUUCAGUGGCGCCUGAAUUCUUCCUAUGCACCUUUCAGAGGGCUACUAGUCUCACAUGCCGCUGCACAGUCACGUGCUGAGCAGGCGGCGUCUUCUAUGAUGGCAAUGCCAAAUACCCCACCCACCUCAACUGCCUCUGCAGAUGCACCACCUAUUGGGAGUUCGUCUUCUGGAGAAGGAGACCCGCUUGUGCAGUACGUAGUGGUGCGCCGAGACUUGACGGAUGCGUUACAGUGGCCCCUGGGUGCGGUUGUGGCUCAGGCCUGCCACGCGGCGGUGGAUGCACUUGGGUUGGCCAUGGAUCGGAAUGUUGAGGAAGCGCGAAGGUAUUUGGCAGAAGGCAGUAAUAUGAGGACUGUAGUACUUCAGGUUUCAGGCGAAGGCGAACUGCUUAAGCUCAGAGACAGGCUGGUGCAGAACCAUAUCGAACAUAAGUUAUGGCAAGAAGAACCGGAAAAGAUUCCUACAGCGCUGGCCUCUGUACCGAUAAGGAAGAGCGUUGGCAAGGUUUUCAAAGGACUGAAGCUUUUGUCGUAG